AUGGCUCAAGAUCCCCGAGUAUUACUACAGAAGGCCGACAAGGCCGCACAGGGCGCCUCUGGUGGAUUUAGUCUAUUUGGUGGACGAGCCGAGAAAUGGGAGAACGCUGCGGAUCUCUAUACACAAGCCGCAAAUGCGUUCCGAGUACAGAAGCAGAAUCUAGAAGCCGGCAAAGCCUUUGAGCAAGCCGCCUCGAUCCAACAAUCCAAACUCAACGAACCCGAUGACAUGGCCAACACCCUGACCGAAGCCUUCAAAGUCUACCGCAAAGAAUCCCCCCAAGACGCCGCCCGCGUCCUUGCGACCGCCAUCCAACACUACACCGCCAAGGGUAACUUCCGCCGCGCGGCGACACACCAACAGAACCUCGCCGAAGUAUACGAGAUGGAGAUCGGCGACCAGAAAAAGGCGCUCGAGGCGUACGAGACCGCGGCACAGUGGUACGAGAGCGACAACGCCGAGGCACUGGCCAAUAAACUGUAUUUGAAAGUCGCGGACCUGGCGGCCCUGGAGGGCGACUACCAGAACGCAAUCAACAAACUCGAGACCGUGGCAAAAUCCAGCUUAAACAACAACCUCAUGCGCUGGAGCGUCAAGGAUUACUUUCUCAAAGCAGGGAUAUGCCAUCUCGCCGCGGGUGAUCAAGUGGCCACCAAGAGAGCACUGGAACAGUACCGCGAGCUGGACGGCAGCUUCGCAGGCACGAGGGAGAACAUGCUCCUGACAGACCUGGUGGGUUGCGUCGAGGAAGGCGACCAGGAAGCGUUCUCGGACAAGCUAUUCCAGUUCGAUUCGCUGAGCAAGCUGGACAAGUGGAAGACGACACUGCUUUUGAGAGUCAAGAACGCGAUCGAGAAGGAGGAGGAAGAUUUCUCGUAG